AUGCCGAAUCCCGCCGCUCACCUCCCGUUCUACUAUGGGAGCAUCUCCCGCUCGGACGCCGAGGAGUACCUCAAACUGGCCGGGAUGACCGACGGCCUCUUUUUGCUACGCCAGUGCCUCCGGAGCCUGGGUGGCUACGUCCUGUCCCUGGUGCACAACCUCCAGUUCUACCAUUACCCCAUCGAGCGCCAGAUGAACGGCACCUACGCCAUCGCCGGGGGCAAAGCCCACUGUGGCCCGGAGGAGCUGUGUGAGUUCUAUUCCAAAGACGCCGACGGACUCUGCUCCACGCUCCGGAAACCGUGCAACCGCCCUAGUGGCGUGGAGCCCCAGCCCGGGAUCUUUGACAACAUCCGGGACAACAUGGUGCGGGAAUACAUCCAGCAGACAUGGAGCCUGGAGGGAGAUGCCCUGGAACAGGCCAUCAUAAGCCAGGCCCCACAGGUAGAGAAGCUCAUUGCUACCACUGCCCAUGAAAAGAUGCCAUGGUAUCACGGCUCCAUCUCCCGGGAGCAAGCGGAAAGCAGGCUGUAUUCUGGAGCACAACCUGAUGGGAAAUUCUUACUGAGAGAAAGCAAGGAGAAGAAUUCGUAUGCUUUGUCCCUCACCUACGGGAAGACCGUUUAUCACUACCGGAUCAACCAAGACAAAGCCGGGAAAUACUCCAUUGAAGAUGGAACAAAGUUUGAUACGCUCUGGCAGCUGAUCGAAUAUUUAAAACUCAAACCAGAUGGUCUGAUCUACUACUUGAAGGAGUCCACCCCAAACCCUUCUAUGGCAGCCAGCGCAGCACCAGUCCCACCUACUCAUCCUUCUGCUUCGAGGAGAUUAACAACUCAAAAUUCAGACGGCUACACACCUGAUCCCACAGGCAUCGGCAACAAGACGCGGACCUUGCCUAUGGACACGUCCUGCUACGAGAGCCCUUACAGCGAUCCCGAAGAGCUCAAGGACAAGAAACUGUUUCUUAAAAGGAGCAACCUGAUCGUGGACGAGGUUGAACUGGGCGCGGGAAACUUUGGGUGCGUCAGGAAAGGCGUUUAUAAAAUGAGGAAGAAGCAGAUAGACGUGGCCAUCAAGAUGCUGAAAAGCGGGAACGAGAAGGCGGCCAAGGACGACAUGAUGACGGAGGCUUACAUCAUGCACCAGCUGGACAACCCCUACAUCGUCCGGGUGAUCGGCGUCUGCGAGGCCGAGGCGCUGAUGCUGGUCAUGGAGAUGGCGGCCGGUGGGCCGCUCAACAAGUUCUUGCAUUCCAAGAGGGAUGAGGUGCCAGUGAAUAACGUGGUGGAGCUGAUGCACCAGGUGGCGAUUGGCAUGAAGUAUCUGGAAGAGAGGAACUUCGUCCACCGGGACCUGGCGGCCCGGAACGUCCUCCUCGUCAAUCAGCACUAUGCCAAGAUCAGCGACUUUGGGCUUUCGAAGGCUUUGGCAGCAGAUGACAGCUACUACCUGGCGAAGACCACUGGGAAAUGGCCACUGAAGUGGUAUGCCCCGGAGUGCAUCCUGUUUCGCAGGUUUUCCAGCAAAGGUGACGUCUGGAGCUAUGGGGUGACCAUGUGGGAGGCGUUCACCUAUGGCCAGAAACCCUACAAGAAAAUGAAAGGUCCCGAGGUCAUUGCCUUCAUUGAGGAAGGGAAGAGGAUGGAUUGCCCCCCCAAAUGCCCUCCCGAGAUGUACAAACUAAUGCAGCUGUGCUGGACCUUCAAGUGGGAAGACCGUCCAGAUUUCGUCACCAUGGAGACCCUCAUCCGCACCUAUUACUACAGCAUCGCCGCUAGAACUGAAGAGGUUCCGGCGGCGGCGGCGAUCCAGAAGACACCAGCUUAG